UACUGCGCCAUUUUUAGGUUACAACUGGACCGGAUACAGGCUCAAGGCAUUUCGAAAUGAACUAAAACGUUAUUCAAAAUCUUAGAUUCUAGUUUUUACUGGUGGCCUGAUUCGAAAAUAAAAAUAUAAUAAUAAAAAAAUUAAAAAUAAUAUAGAACAUAGACUUGCAUCAACGAGUUAUGAAUCGCAUUGAAGAAAUACCAGGCAGGAUAAGGAGAAAUUCAGUUUUUUUUUAUUCAAAUGUGUUAAUUAAGUCAUUUUAUUCGGUUUAUAUCAAGAGUAAAUAUGUUAAUUAUAUGAAUUUUGGGUAACUCCCACAGGGCCAUGAGUCAGUGCCCCAUCCGUUUGGAAACUGACAAGUAUAUUUUCAUAUAAAAAAAUCAAUAAACAUUUUCCAAUAUUAAAACAUAAAAUUCGUAUUUGUGCUGUGUUGCAAACUUCUUCGGUCACUCGCUCCGCGUGUACCAAAUACAACUCGUAACUGAAGUGGUUACUUGUUACUUUCGAAAAUCGAUGAAAUCGGUAACUAACGGUAAGUCCUAUGGGAUCGUCGUUGGUACAGAAAUGAUCACCAUCGAAAAAAAAUUUUUUUUGUCUGUCCGUUCUCCGUUCUCGUCUUUUGGUUUUUCCUGAAUAACUUUCGAAUCGUUGGAGCUACAAAAUUGAAAUUUGCCUCCUUUUUAACCCUCCACGAGGCACAUAAGCUUAUAAGAAAUGGCACUGAUCCGACGCCGGUACCCAUCUUUUUUCGCGAUUUUCGACUGUUUUUUGGACCUUGCUAUUAAACACGGUAAGUGUCCGAAAUUUGAAGCAAUCGACUUUAUAUUUGGCACCUAUAUGCAGCUUGCCCCUUGACGGAAUCUAUUGAAAGUUAGGGGCUGGGGAUUGGGAAGUAUUUUUAAAAAAUUAAAAAUCGCGUGUGCAAGGGUCUAUAAAAAAGACCAUUUUUUAAAAACCGUUUACAAGACGGCAAAAAUUCUUGAACCAGAAGACGCAGAGGAAACGACUCCAUAAACUUUUAUUCUUGACAAUUUUUCAAAAAUAUGCUAGGUGCGCCGCAAAUUCAAAAGAAUGGGUCCCCCCAUUAUUGAAAAUUGGCAAUAAUUUCAAAUCUGUGUUUUAGAUGUCAGUUUCUUUUACAUGACGAUAUAGCCCAUAUAAACAGCUUAAACUUUUGUAUUUACGGUUUUUAAGUAUUGUACAGGGUGUUCGCAAUAUUCCGUCCAAUAUGGAAAAACAUAAUAAGUACUCCAAAUUUGCAGCUACCGACUUUAGACUUGGGAGAGAAGUGGACCCACAUUUAGACUCUUUAAAUUGGGAGCAAUAAAGUAACGCGAAGUAUUUUUUUUUAAUUCUUGAUUUUUGUUUGUCGUUAAAUUUGGCAUCCAGAAAAACAUCUCUUCCUCCAAAGCAAUUUAUCAGAACGGAAAAAUUUUACAUCCGUAAUACGUAAUACGUAAUCCGUUCAAACAGUGCUAUAGGCCAUAUUUACGGUUUUCGUCUAUCACAUACGCUGUUCAGGAUAUUUGAAAAAAUCCAAAUGAAAAUCACCAUUUCUCGCCCUCAAUCUAGAUGCGAUGACGUCAUUUACUAUUACCACGUACUGCAUGGUUUCAGAAAACAAGUAGUUUUUUGAAAACCAUUUAACCCAUUGGAUAAAUUGGGAUACCAGAAAACUGAGGAGAUCCAAGGCUAUAUUCUCUAUUUAGAACAUUGUUGGAAUUAUAUACAGGGUACGUCGUUUGUAGGCAAAAAAUUCUAAUAGAUCCUAGAAAUUUCCGCUUUUGUGGGUGAAUUCUUGGCGAUAAAUGAAAAACUUUUAAAGAUUUGGUAAGGGGGAGCGAGAUAUUUGAAAAAAUAUAAUUUUAAAUUGCAAUUAACAGUACAAAUUUUAAUAUUUACUGAAGUUUGGCGUAACUUUGAAGUUCGACGAGAUGUGAAGGACACUUUAUACAGGGUGUAUUCACAAUCAAAUUACAUCGAUUUGUGAAAGUUAAAUAGUGGUCUGCAGGAGCACGAUAGAAAAACAUUGCGUCCCUCUAGGACAAGAAUCCGCGAAGCGCCUUCUUUUUAAAAUGAAAAGCUGAUUCCCUCUAUUUGCUAUGAACUUUCCCCGCUCACCGACAAUUUUUCGGAAGCAAUCUUGUUACACAAUGUACAAUUAUAGUUCUGUAGUAGAUAUUAACAAAGUCAUCAAUAAUCAAUAGACCAAAUUCCAAUAGUACAACACUUUCUGUGGGUGGUAAAUGAUUUGACGGUUUAAUUUAUCAUCUAGCAUAAAAAAAAUUGUUUUUAUUUCUCACAUGUUGUUGCUCAUAAUCGCCCAUAAUCUGUCAUUUAUCAUGAAACACCCUAUGUGCCCCAGAAAAAUGCUCUCACAAUACAUAAAUUCGGGAGCAUCUUUUUACAUCGUUUGUCGUUGUCUUUUCUUAUAAGCAAUUCUCACUAUCCAUAUUUAGUUAUUGCAUUUCAAGGAAAGUGUUUGCACACAUACAUCAUAAUUUUAUUCCUUUUUUUAAAUGGCACAUUAUUUUUAUAAAUCUAUUUUCGAAUUCGCUUACUUUGUAUGAGAAAAUAACAAAAAACAAAUUUAAUUUUGAAAUGAACGGGAGCUAGUACCAGUAAAGUUCUUAAAUUGUCACAAUUGCAUUUCUGUCAGGAAAGAAAGUAAAUAUGGCGCAUUUAAAUGAUACUCGGCGAAUUGAAAUUCCAAUUCAAUUUUUUUUUAAUAUGGGAAUAUGGAGACAAAACGAGAACUCAAGAAGAAGCUUGUAAUAUGCUUAACGCAGGAUAUCCAGCAAGAUUCACAGUGAGGAAAAUUAAGACAAAACUUAGAGAAACUGGGCAUGUUAAAGAAAGAAGAGAGGAAAAAAUUCAAUGGAGUAAUAUCUGGAGAUCAUGUAUCACUUACAACAAACAAGUCGCUAGUAGACGAAGAAUGGUUCCACGGGGUAUUGCCCCGAGAAGAGGUGGUUAGACUGCUCACGACAGACGGUGAUUUUUUGGUGCGAGAAACUACAAGGAACGACGAAUGUCAAACGGUUUUAUCCGUGUGCUGGAGCGGCCAUAAGCAUUUUAUCGUCCAGACAACGGCCGAAGGCCACUAUCGAUUCGAAGGACCUGCAUUUCCAACCAUAAGGGACUUAAUAUUGUACCAGUUCAAUAGCGGAUUGCCUGUUACGCAAAGAUCAGGUGCCGUUUUAUACAAGCCCAUACCCCGUGAAAGGUGGGAAUUGAACAACGACGAUGUGCAGCUGUUGGAUACAAUUGGGCGGGGAAACUUUGGGGAUGUCUACAGGGCCCAAUUGAAAAACAGUAACGAAGUCGUAGCGGUAAAAACCUGCCGAUUGACAUUGCCAGAGGAACACAAGAAGAAGUUCCUCCAAGAAGGGCGAAUUUUAAAGCAGUACGAUCAUCCCAAUAUUGUGAAACUCAUCGGUAUUUGUGUCCAAAAGCAACCAAUUAUGAUUGUAAUGGAGUUAGUGCCUGGCGGCUCCUUGCUCAAUUUCUUAAGAAAGAAGGGAUCGGGUCUGGCCGAAGGGCAGCUAAUGAAAAUGUGUAUGGAUGUGGCGGCCGGUAUGAGAUAUCUUGAAUCGAAAAAUUGCAUUCAUAGGGAUCUAGCGGCUCGUAAUUGUUUAGUAGGUUACAAUAACACUGUGAAAAUCUCAGAUUUCGGAAUGUCCCGGGAGGAGGAAGAAUACACAGUUUCAGAUGGCAUGAAACAGAUACCAAUAAAGUGGACCGCUCCAGAGUCUCUGCAUUUUGGCAAAUACACGUCCCUCUCUGACGUCUGGAGCUAUGGGAUAUUGUGUUGGGAGAUAUUUUCCCGGGGAGCCACCCCGUACAGCGACUUGAGCAACUCCAAGGCCAGGUUGAAAAUUGACGAGGGUUACAGAAUGCCAGCACCCGAAAACACACCAGACGAAAUGUACAGGCUAAUGUUAAGGUGUUGGGAAUAUAAGCCAGAAAACCGACCAAAUUUUGAACAAAUUUAUACUGUAGUUGAAACCCUGUGUGCCGCCUACAGAUUUUGCUAACAGUUAAAGUGUAUUCUUUGAAGGUCAUUAUGAGGGACCUUAAAAACUUUGUCAAAGGGAAUUUCAUUGAUCUGUGAUCCGAAAUUUGUAAAUUAAGCUCAUGGUUUGUAUAUAAUGCUGUAAUCUCAGAAUCUCUGUAGGACAGAGGGAAUAUAAGGGAUGUCCAAAUUUGACCUUCAGAAUUUUUUUUUUUUCAUUACCAGCCUUUCUAUUCAAUGACAGUUGUUACAUAAAAACUGUGGCUAGUUCCUAGGUGAUAUUUAUAAUUUUUGCUCUUUCGUUAUCUAUAAAAAUUAUCACUUGAGAUUUUUACUGCCUAAUUAGUAUUGGUAAUCUGCCGUUAUGCUAAAUCGUAACAGAAACCACAUUUCUUACUACAUCCGACAACUGCAAAAAGUUAUGCAUUUUGAAAGAAAUUUUAAACUUCUAAAAUUAUUGCAUCAGUAGCAGUUUUGCAGACCAAUCGUUUAUUACUUAGUCAACAGAAAAAGCAAAUAUUUUUUUAUUUUUAUUUUUUAAACUAGGGUACUUAACAUCUGACUACAGAAAAUUUCAAUUGAAGGGCAAAUUUGGUCACUUGGACUGUAUAUAAUUAACAUUGAUGCAAGUCAUUUGGUUCUUAAUGUUGCUAUUGUAAAACGUUGGGAUGCUCCAGCAACCAUAUAUCUUACUGAAUGAAUUAAAAGUUAUUUAAGAAAGGUUUUCAUUAAUUUUAAAGAAUAACCAACAAGUCAUUAUUGCUAUGCAUGACUUUAGACUGAAAAAAAGUGGAUAGAGUGAAACAGGUGGAACUUGUUUGAAUCUAUUUGGCUCCUGGCAUUGAAAUUCUAAUUAACAUUAAGGUUAAAGUUUUCAGGCUUUGAAUUAGUUUUCACCAGUGAUUAUUUAACAUCAUAUUAAUUUAGUGUUUAUUUUUAAAAAGACUGAUUACAAAUGACAUUUAUUAGCACUCCAUAGUUUACACACCGCAAAGCAAUUACAGUAUAAUUAUUGACAAAUGAUAUUACUGGUGAGCUAACCAAUUAACAAUGAAUGCAGUUUCCUAGAAUGUUCAAUUUGAUAUCUAUAUGUAAAACUUGAUUUAUGACGGAGGGUCGUGUUUGUAGCUAGGAGGAUAAUUUAUGAAGGCAAGAUAGUUGUUUAAAUUUAUUGUCAAAAGUGUUUUUGAAGAUUUUUUUUUAACUAUUAGGUUAUUGAAAAAAGUGAAUAAAACUAUAAGGUCGAAUUAUCAUUGGCAUAAUGCGCCUAGAAUCCAGUAAUUUAGCCUUUUGUAGUAGAUAUGAAGUCUGAACUGUGUAAUCAGAGGUUCAACUUGAACUUAAUCGGUACAUGCUCGAUGUUUAGUGUGUGAAUGAAUUUUAAUUAUAUACGCAACCUUUGAUUAUAAAUGCUGUUUGUUAUACUAUAAGGUAAACAACUAGAUUAAAAGAAACCAGGAGCCAAUUCUCUUUAACUUCAUUCCUGAAAUACUUAAUCAAUUUUAAUAUUUCAAUUCGAUUACAAAUUAGAAACAUGCUAGCAAUUGACUUAGGUUUCUAGAUAGGGUGGUGGACUUGGUUCAAAACUUGAAUUAAACAGUAUUUUCUUUCAUGCUUGAAGUAUUUUCAUCACAGGCAACCACUCCAAAAAAUAUGUGCUCUGCCAAAAUUAUAUUUUGUGCUUAAUAAUUAUCACCCACCUAAAGUUUCUAAAUCACCAUCACCCAAAUUUUUGACCCCCCCUUUGAAUUGUCUACAAUUUACUGUCAACUACUUAAAGAUAUUUGAAGCCAUGUCGAUUAUGUGUCAUACUUUUUUUUGAAAUUUAUGCAAUUGUUAAUUUCAAAUUUAAUAAACUUAAAUAAAAUUUGUUUUAUAUGUUUAUAAGUACCUUAACUGUGAUUACUUGACAUAUUUUAUUAAAUAUUUUA